AUGAACGCCUCGAAAUCUCUGCUCGUUCGGCGAGCCAUCAAUUCGCGAUCGUUCACCUCCCCUUUGCUCUCACGUGCUGCGACACCUUCAUUAGGACUUCUUGCUAGGUCGGCAAGAGCAAGAAGAUCUGUAACACCUGCUAUUUAUGCUGUUCGGACCUACGCAAAUGGCAGGCCACACCCCCCUGGCGGUACACAUCGGAUGAAUCUGGGUGGCGAGCCGGAAAAGCUUGCCUUGGAGGAAUAUGGUGUCGACCUUACACAGCGUGCCCGAGAUGGGAAGCUGGAUCCUGUGAUUGGAAGAGAUGGUGAAAUACAUCGGACAAUUCAGAUCCUCUCCAGGCGGACAAAGAACAACCCCGUAUUGAUCGGUGCCGCUGGGACCGGCAAGACCGCUAUACUCGAAGGGUUGGCGCAAAGAAUAGUUCGAGGGGAUGUACCAGAGAGCAUCAAGAACAAGAGAGUCGUAUCCUUGGAUCUUGGUCAGCUGAUCGCUGGUGCUAAGUUUAGAGGUGACUUCGAAGAACGACUGAAGAAAGUUCUAAAGGAAGUAGAAGAAGCACACGGAGGCGUCAUUCUCUUUGUCGAUGAGCUUCACACGCUUCUUGGUCUUGGGAAAGCCGAAGGCUCGAUAGAUGCUAGCAAUCUAUUGAAGCCUGCCUUGUCCCGAGGCGAGUUGCAGUGUUGCGGUGCUACUACUUUAAACGAAUACCGCUUGAUCGAAAAAGAUGUUGCUCUAGCUCGGCGUUUUCAGCCCAUUCAAGUUGGCGAGCCCUCGGUACAAGACUCGAUUUCCAUAUUGCGAGGCAUCAAGGACCGAUACGAGGUUCAUCAUGGUGUCCGUAUCACCGAUGGGGCUCUGGUCGCCGCCGCAACCUACAGCAAUCGUUACAUAACCGAUCGAUUCUUGCCCGAUAAGGCCAUCGACCUUGUCGACGAAGCUGCUUCCGCACUCAGGCUGCAACAGGAGUCCAAGCCUGAUCCAAUUCAGCGGCUCGAUCGCGAGAUCAUGACCAUUCAAAUCGAAUUGGAAUCUCUUCGCAAGGAGACUGAUGUCGCAUCCAAAGAACGUCGACAGAAGCUCGAAGAGACCCUCGCUGACAAAAACAAAGAGGUAGCUCGUCUCACCGAGAUUUGGGACCGCGAGAGAGCCGAGAUUGAGGCUAUUAAAAAGACAAAAGAAGAACUCGAGAAAGCUCGAUACGAAUUAGACGAAGCCAGACGACAGGGAGACUUUGGACGAGCUGGUGAACUUCAAUAUGCCACAAUCCCAAAACUCGAAUCUCAACUUCCGAAGGAAGGAGAAAAGGUUCGCACAACGACCGAAAAGGGCGAAACCCUGAUUCAUGACUCUGUGACUGCCGACGAUAUCGCGAAUGUCGUAAGCCGGACUACAGGCAUUCCAGUCACAAAACUCAUGGCUGGAGAAGUUGAGAAGCUUAUCAAAAUGGAAGACAAGCUGCGUGAGCAUGUGCGUGGGCAAGAUGAAGCCCUAGCAGCCGUCGCGAAUGCUGUUCGUAUGCAAAGAGCAGGACUCAGCGGUGAGAACCGUCCCAUAGGGAGCUUUAUGUUUCUUGGCCCAACUGGAGUGGGGAAGACAGAGUUGUGCAAGCAGAUUGCCAACUUCCUCUUCAGUUCUGAAUCUGCUGUCGUGAGAUUCGACAUGUCUGAGUUCCAAGAGAAACACACCGUCUCCAGACUUAUAGGCGCAACGGCGGGAUACGUUGGCUAUGAGGACGCUGGUCAACUGACGGAGGCUGUUCGACGAAAACCAUACGCGGUGCUCCUCUUCGACGAGUUUGAGAAGGCUCAUCGUGAUAUCUCCAGCUUGCUUUUACAAGUCCUCGAUGCAGGCUUCUUGAGUGACAGCCAAGGUCAUCGUGUAGACUUCCGCAACACCCUUGUGGUGCUCACCAGUAAUCUCGGUGCAGAUAUCCUGACAGGAGAUGGGGCAGACCUCGAGCAUGUGACCCCCGAGCAGAAGAAUGGAGUCAUGGAAGUGGUGCAAGCAUCCUAUCCUCCAGAGUUCCUCAACCGGAUCGAUGAGUUCAUCAUUUUCAACAAGUUAUCAAAGUCAGCGCUAAGAGACAUUGUCGACAUUCGAAUCAAGGAGCUGCAAGGUCGCUUGGACGAUCGACGAAUGAAGCUGAACGUCACAGCUGAAGUUAGAGACUGGCUUUGCGAAAAGGGCUAUAACCCCCGGUAUGGCGCGCGCCCACUAACCCGUUUGAUCCAGCAAGAAAUCGGACGGCGGUUAGCCGACAAAAUCAUCAGAGGAGAAUUGAAGACCGGUGAAACGGCUGAUGUGGUAAUUGACGAAAAAGGCGAAGCUUUGGGUAUAAAGCUUGCUGCCCCGAUCCAAGAAUAG